AUGAAUCCUCCAUAAUAAACUAAUCCCGAAUACUUCCCCCCUCCAACCUAUUACUGCAACAAGAGUGGACAUUAGUUGACUUGGAAAUCAAGUAGUGGUCACCCAUGUGCAGAAUGUAAGAAUAAAAAUUGCAGAUCUCGCUAUUGGUGCUAGUAAUGCUCAGAAGCAUUCUGUUUGCAAUGCAUGCCUCCCCCCUUGUUUGGGAUUAUGUGUGGAGCAGGACAUCCGAUGAAAUUGAGCAUUGUACCUCAUCACGUUUGCGAUUACUGUAGUGAGACAAUAUAAAAUCAAGCACAUAGAUGCUAAAUAUGUGACUUCGACGUAUGUCCGAAUUGUCUACUGCAAAAAGAGGAUUGA